GUGGUCAACCUCACUUUCCCAAACAUUUGACGUUUACCAAAACAAGAAAACCUUAGCUCAAAAUUCCUUGCAAAUAUGGCAAUUUCAAAUGAUAACCGAGAAAUAUUCAAGAAUUUAUCUACAAGAUUAUCCUCUUUAUUUAUUAAUCGUACAGAUGGAGAUAGAGUAUUUAUAACAAAAAACCUUGAUGAUCUGAAUAUGCUCAAUUUUAGACUUCCAACUGUAGAAAACCCAACAGAUGCCAUUCUUCUUAUACACAACUGCUGUUUGCAUAUAUCCCAUGAUGAUUCAGAAUUAACACCGAAGUCAUGUCGACUAAUAACAAAAUUAAUAAACUUUCAAAAACUACCACUGGAAAGACGUACUUUCAAUGAUUUAAUGAAUUGGUCUCUAAAAAUAUUAUCCCACCCAGAUAAAAAAUAUGUAGAAACACUUGAAGUACUUAUACUAUUAGAUACUUUAGUCCGAUCUUCGAACCUAGCCAUCGGACAUUACAUAUUCACUAUUCUCCAUCCAAACAGUCCUCUUUUUAAAGUUCUUGAAACAGAAGAUUCUGAGCUUGUCCGAAGAUAUGGUUUACAAUUAUUAGAGGCAUGUACAGCCAUAGAAGAAACAGAGAAUGAGCAAACCCUAGAUAAACUAAAGAAAUUAAUGGUCAAAUGUGUUGAUAUUUUCCAAAUGAUACUACUUAAAUCAUGGAAAUCCAACGACCAUUCAGAUCUUAAGAUAAAAAUUAUAUGCUUGAGAGGUCUAGAGAAUAUCGUUCGCAAAUUUGAUAAUAUUGUCGAUGUAGGUUACAUUUUUGGUAUUAUCAAAUGCUAUAUGCUGCUGGGUAUACACUGUCCAGAAUAUUCAGAAAUACAACCUAUUUUACCAUCUUCUCUUAAUAUUCCUGAACCAAAAUCAAAUAGUGUUCGAGAAAAAAAAGGAGGAAAGGUUACAAAGUUACGUAAACAUAAAGUUAGUAAGCAGAUGGAAAGUCAAUCAUCUCAAGUCUGGAUGAAAGCUUUUCCCAUUUGUGAUUUGGAUAAUAACACAAAAAUACCUCCCUUAACAAUAAUGAUCACCAGUGACUCUGAUCUAUCAGAUUCAGGAAUACCAACUUUGAAAAAUGUCUCAAGGCUUCAAUCUAAAGUCAGGCAGAUGUCUCUGUCUCUUCUAUUCGCAAUUGCAAAGAAGUUACAAAAAGCUAUGCUUACAUACUGGACAAGUUUCAUUCCAGAAUAUUCAGGAUCUGGUAAACUAUUCUUAACAACCUGCAUUUUAGAAGACCCUUCAAUGGAAUGUAGAGCAGCUGCUCUUAAUGUACUUCUUCAUAUGUUAACUUCAGCGAAACUAUGUUUGUCACAAGCAGAUUCAUGUGCCCGAAGUACUGCAUUCACUUCAUUCUCCGCAAUAUUGGGAUCGAUGAUACUCAAAUUACAUGAGUGCUUAAGUCUUGCACUGAAAGAUAAAAUAACAUCUGUAUUGGCUCAGGUAUUGAAGUGUUAUGCUGCAUUGAUAGAAGGAACUCCGUAUCAUCCUCUGAGCCCUGGCCUGAUUACUGAAAUAGUUCGAAAUGUAAAUCCUUUUCUGCAACACAAAGAUCCUACAAUAAAAACUGGUGCGUUUAUUGUCUUUGGAUGUAUACUGGCAUCUGAACCUGUUAUAGAAGAAACGAAAAAUCUCUUUCUGAAAAUUGAUAUGGAUGAAAAUGAGGACAAUUCCAAUAAAGAUUCCAUUGAAGAAAUCAAUCCUGUUCAGAACCCUGAAAGAGAAGAAAUCGACAGGUUACCGAGUAUUUUACAGAAAUGUUUAAAUAAUUUGCAGACUACAAACAAAGAAAAUAUUACUGAGCAAUUACCAGUGAAAAUCGAAUCAAUCAGGGUUAUAUCUUGUAUGUGUAGAAAUUAUUUUGAAAGUCUAGUAUUCCCUUAUUUAUCGUUAAUAGGAAAAGCGAUGUGUGAUUGUUUAUUAGACGGUAGUUUUGAUCUGAAGUUACAUACAGGACGAACUAUUGAUUGUAUUGGUCAGUCCAUGGCACAGUUUUUGCAAGAAUCAGAACGAGGUGAUGAUGAGAAAGAGGCAGUAGGUGUAUCUUUCUGGCUGAAUCUUCUGAAUGGGCCUCUUCGAACACUUUUUAUAUCAGAUACAGAUGUACCUUUGAGGGCUGUGGCUUGUUGUUGCUUAAGCAGCAUUGGAUCUCGAAUCUUCGAAAACCUAUCGGUUGAUAAACAUUAUCUGUGUAUGACAUACCUUCUUGCUUGUAGUAGAGAUGAAGAAUUUGCUAUAAGAAGUGCUGCUGUCAGAGCACUAGGUAUCUUAGCACACUAUCCAAUAUUGAAAGAGGAUCCGGGAUUCAUUGUUGAUGUAGCUGAUGCGAUAUACAAUACAAUUGAUGAUGAAAACACUGAUGUCAGAGUGAAGGGAUCUUGGGCUUUAGGCAACUUCAGUGACGUUCUCGUUUUAAACAGCACCAAUGAAGAUUUGGAGAAAUUCCCAAAUAUAUUGAUGAUGAAGCUACUUGAAAAAAGUGUGGUAUCAGCAAAUGCACUAAAAAACAAUGAUAAAAUCAAAGCAAAUGCAGCAAGAGCCAUUGGAAACUUGCUUCAUCUCAUUGAUGCAGAUUCAUUCAAGAAACCAGAGCCUAAAAAAAUUGUUGAUGCAGCAGUAGCUUGUUUAAUAAAAACUGCUUCUACCGUAUACAGUGUGAAGGUUAGGUGGAACUCGUGUUAUGCUCUAAGUCUACUAUUGAAAAAUGAAGCAGUUUAUAAUGAUACUCCAAAUUGGCUGGGAUCUAUAUUCUCUACUUUGAACAGUCUAGUCAUUGAUUUUAAGAACUUCAAAGUGAGAACAACGGCAGCCUUAGCACUAGCUUCCUGCUCUAAAAGAUCAUUUUAUGGAAUUCAUUAUCACAAAACGUGGACGUCACUUCUGAGGUCUUUGGAAAAUACACAACAUAUUGAUGAUUACUACGAAUAUGAGCAUAAAAGUCGUCUAAUCGAACAGGUAUGCUUGAGUUUGGCCCAUUUGUUAUCCUUGUCCGAAAUCGAGGAUCUAGUUAUGAUGAGAAUAAGCCUGGAUUCAUAUUAUGAAAUUUGCAAGACUCAGAUGCAACGCAUGUAUGAGAUUCUUAUUCCAGAAAAGUCGAAUGUUAUAUUUAUAGCUGCUGAACAUUUGAAAACUUUUAAUGAUUCAAAUCUGAAUGCAGAAACAAAAGAUGCACUGAUUUUACUUCAAGACAUAAUUGUACAAGAGUUUUAAUGAUUUUUUCAUGUAAUUUUUUCUAAUAAAACACAAUAAUUCUCUGA